AACAAAAAGAAACUGAGUUUUCAAAAACUCGGUUCUUUCCUACUCACUGCCCAAUUCUCUCUCUGCUACGAACUAAGGACGCUUUAUCUCUCUUAAAGAAAAGUUAUAUAGAGAGAGAAAGAAGCUCCGGUUAAAGACUACUGACUACGCACCAAUUUGUAGCAGAAUUUUUUGUUGGUUAUUCUGAUGUCAACUCCGGGAGGUUCACCGGCGCCGAGUUCGCCGCCGGCUACUAACUCGACCUCACCACCCCCUCCGACCCCAACCGCAACGCCGCCUACUACUCCAUCAACUCCCGCACCUCCACCAGCCACUCCGUCUCCUCCGGCUGCCACAUCUCCGCCUCCUUCUACCACUCCCUCGCCGCCAGCAGCUACCCCUCCGACUCCCUCGCCACCAGCGCCUACUACACCAGUUCCCUCGCCUCCCUCGACUACAACGCCACCUCCGGACUCAUCGGCUUCUCCACCGCCACCAUCGACGCCGUCCACAACUCCAGCGACUCCAUCUACUCCGUCGAGGUCUCCUCCGCCCCCGUCUCGUACCAACACGCCAACAACACCUUCUAAUCCGAGCCGGAGCCCGCCCCCUCCUUCUAGGUCUUCGUCAGCACCGGGACCCUCAAGUUCGCCGUCGAUGUCGACCGGGGUUGUGGUUGGGAUAGCUAUAGGCGCAGUCGCUAUCUUAGUUGUGCUGAGCAUUCUAUGCGUUUGUUGCACCAAGAAGAAGAGAAGGAGACGCGACCAAGAAGGUUACUACGUUCCUCCGCCACCUCCUGGGCCUAAAGAAAACAAUCAACGCUGGCAGCAAAAUCCUCCCCCUCCCGACCAUGUCUAUAUGCAAAAACCAUCUCCUCCACCGGCAGUCGCAUCACGGCUUUCUCAACCCCCGGGAUACAGCCUGAAACCUCCACCACCACCUCCACCUUUUUCAAACAGCAGUGGAGGCUCAGCCUCUAAUUAUUCAGGAUCUGACAAUCCUCAUCCACCACCACCUCCCCCUGGCUAUUCUUUAGGCUUUUCAAAGAGCACAUUUACAUAUGAGGAGUUAGCAUUGGCUACAGAUGGCUUCUCAGAUGCUAAUCUCCUUGGGCAAGGUGGUUUUGGAUAUGUCCACAAGGGAGUCCUUCCAAAUGGGAAGGAAGUUGCAGUGAAGCAGCUCAAAGCUGGAAGCGGUCAAGGAGAACGUGAAUUUCAGGCAGAAGUUGAUAUUAUUAGCCGAGUUCAUCACAAGCACCUUGUUUCACUAGUUGGUUACUGCAUGAUUGGGGCCCAGAGAAUGCUUGUUUACGAAUUUGUUCCAAACAACACUAUGGAGUUCCACUUACAUGGAAAGGGACGACCCACCAUGGAAUGGUCCACCAGACUUAAAAUUGCUUUAGGAUCUGCUAAAGGACUUGCAUAUCUUCACGAGGACUGUCAUCCAAAAAUCAUUCACCGUGAUAUUAAAUCAGCUAAUAUACUUAUGGAUUUCAAAUUUGAGGCCAAGGUUGCAGAUUUUGGACUAGCAAAGUUUUCUUCUGAUCUCAAUACUCAUGUUUCAACCCGAGUGAUGGGAACUUUUGGAUAUCUGGCUCCAGAAUAUGCUUCUAGUGGGAAGCUCACAGAAAAGUCAGACGUUUUCUCCUUUGGUAUCAUGCUUUUGGAGUUAAUUACUGGACGCCGACCUGUUGAUAUGACUCACUCUUAUGUGGAGGAUAGUUUGGUAGAUUGGGCAAGGCCGUUGCUCAAUCGAGCUUUUGAAGACAGAAAUUUCGAUGAGCUGAUUGAUCCCAGGCUGCAAAACAAUUAUGAUGAAAAUGAGAUGGUUCGUAUGGUUGCUUGUGCUGCAGCUUGUGUACGUCAUUCUGCUAGGCGUCGACCAAAAAUGAGCCAGAUUGUUCGCGCAUUGGAGGGAGAUGUUUCUCUAGCUGAUCUCAACGAAGGAAUCAGGCCCGGCCACAGCAACAUUUACAGUUCUCAUGGAAGCUCUGAUUACGAUACGAGUCAAUACAAUGAGGACAUGAAAAAGUUUAGGAAGAUGGCGUUAGGAAGCCAGGAGUAUGGUGCCAGCAGUGAGUACAGUGGACCGACCAGUGAAUAUGGUCUCUACCCAUCUGGUUCGAGUGGUGAAGGCCAAACUACUCGAGAAAUGGAGAUGGGAAAGAUGAAAAGAAAUGGUCAAGGUUUUAGCGGAAAGCCUCUUUAACAGAGUAAUUUUUUCUGUAAAAUCCCCUCACGUUCGGUUCAUUCCAAGAAUAUCAUGUUUUAUAGGAGUUUUAACACAAUUUUUUCCUCCCUUUGAAAUUGUUGGUUUUCCAUUGUACUUAUUAGUGCUUAUACGGCAGAUUGACAGGAAAAGCUUGUUCAUUCUUUUAUUUGUUGCUUCAUCUUAUUUUUGUUUAUACCAACGCAUACUUCCCGUAUAUAUUACCCCUUUUAACUA